AUGGCGGACAACAUGGAAAGGGGGGCUCUCGUACAGUAUAACGUGUACAGCCGGGUUGUUUGCUUUACCGAAGGAAGGUUACCGGCUAUCAUUACCGGAAUACGUCGCAUAUUUUCCGACGUUCUGCCGCCUGUUCCCGACCUCAUCAUACGAAUGAAACGAGAAGAAUUUGUGGAUGUCAGAGAGGAUGAAAUUGUACCCGACAGGAGCAUUCUUAAAAUUUCUCACAAGGCAACAGAGAGCCUGAGGAGAGAGAUUGUAUCCCAAGAGAUUGUUGCAGAUGAAUCUGGUAAAGUGAAAGACAAAGAAGCUUAAGCUGGCUGUGAUUUUUGUGGAAGUGUAUGCUACAGGCAAUCAACAAGGACAAUCUCAUGACAAUACUUUUACCUUAGCCUUUUUAAAUUCAAUGCAGCAGUGUUAGCUGCAACCUCAAGUGGAAAUAUUGGAUUGAAAGUAGUUCAUGAGGUAUGCUCGUUAUCCAUUAGAGUCAGCAAAAACGUUAUGCUUGUACAAGGUCCUAUGGAAGCGUAUAAAAGGGAGAAAGCUAUAUUUUAUGGCCGAGGUGGAGACAAGAAGAAAAUAACCAAUUAUCAGGAAGAAGUGAAUCAUGCAUCAAUUUCAUUAGCUCCAACACUUCUCGAUUCACGGCAAACACGCUCUGAAGCGCCCAAAAACCUCAGAGUGCAUGAGAGAGAUACACAUAAAUGAGCUUAUGGAGGACAUUAAAUGUAGUAGAUCAUUUAGGGUGCAAAGAGAAAAUUCGUGAGCGGGCUUCUAUGGCUCACAACUACAAGUUGUGUAAUCAGCUCACAGACGAAAUAAAUGAAUGUAUGAAAUGGAGUUGAAGGAGUGGAAUCGAAAACUAGAAAAAAUUUCAAUAUUGAGAUGAGUUCAAAAACAAAUGUCAAGAUAAAAGACAAAUUGUAGAGUCGAGACAUGAUUCCAGGUGUUUAUGCACUUCCUGUGUACAAAUUGCA